UGCGGGGCGGCGCUGGUGCUCGCCGCCGCCGUGCUGCUCCGCGCCUACGGCCCGCGCACCCCGGCCAUCCCGCCGCUCUGGGCGCGGCGCCCCGCCGCCGCCGCCACCGUGUUCAGCGACCGCGAGCGGCUGGAGCUGCGGGAGGCGCUGCGAGGUGCUGUUAAAAUCCCAACUGUUUCCAUAUCUCCAGAGGACUUAAAUACAACUGCCUUGGCAGAAUUUGGGAAUUAUAUUCAGGAAGUCUUUCCUGCUGUAUUUUCUUCAAAGUUCAUUCAACAUGAAAUCGUUGGAACAUAUAGCCAUCUUUUCACUGUUCAGGGUUCCAACCCUGAAAUGAUGCCCUACAUGCUGCUUGCACACAUGGAUGUUGUGCCUGCUACCCCAGAAGGCUGGGAUGUCCCUCCUUUCUCAGGUGCUGAACAUGAAGGUUUCAUCUAUGGACGAGGAACACUGGAUAACAAAAACUCAGCUAUAGGCAUUCUGCAAGCUCUAGAAUUUCUGCUGAGAAGAAACUACAGACCCCGCAGAUCUUUCUAUGUUGGCAUUGGACAUGAUGAAGAGGUGUUUGGUCAAAAGGGAGCAAAGAAGAUUGCAGCUCUGUUGGAAGCUAGAGGAGUGAAACUCUCCUUCUUGUUAGAUGAGGGAAGUGUUAUCCUAGAAGGUGUCAUUGCAGGAGUGAAGAAGCCAGUAGCUCUAAUAGGUAUCACAGAAAAAGGUUCAAUAACACUGAACUUCACUGUGGAAAAGGAGCCAGGACAUUCAUCCUUUCCUCCUAAGGAGACGAGCAUUGGCAUUCUUGCAGCAGCAAUGUCCAGACUGGAGCAGAAUCCCAUGCCCAAUCGGUUCAGCUAUGGGCCAGAACUCAUGACUCUGGAGCACCUUGCCUCAGAGUUCAGUUUUCCUCUCAAUCUUGUCAUGACCAAUUUAUGGCUGUUUUCACCUAUUGUCAGCAGAAUUCUUUCCUGGAAACCUUCCACCAAUGCCUUGAUUCGAACUACUACAGCAGUCACAAUGUUUAAUGCGGGAGUCAAGAUAAACGUUGUCCCAUCUUCUGCAAAAGCAACUGUGAACUUCCGGAUCCAUUCUGCAGAAAAGGCCACUGAGGUGCUAGAGACAGUUAGAAACACUAUUGCUGAUAACAGAGUGAAGAUUGAUGUAGUAGAGGCUUUUGACCCACUUCCCAUCAGUCCUUGGGAUGACCAGACAUUUGGAGUCCAUGUUUUUCAAAGAACCGUUCUGGAUACUUUCCCGAACGUUGACAGUGUGGUCCCAGGCACAUGUGUUGGAAACACAGACAGCAGGCAUUUCACUAACGUCACAAAUGCCAUUUAUCGAUUUAACCCAGUGCUCUUGAAAUCGGAUGAUCUUCCCAGGAUCCAUGGGUUGAAUGAGAGAAUCUCUGUUGAGGUUUAUGAAAAACAGGUCGAGUUUCUCUUUCAACUGAUUAAGAACUGUGAUAUUGACAAGCUUCCGGAGCCUCACGCAACCUCCCAUGAGCUGUGAGACAAAAGCUGAGAGCAGCAGGUACAGAGGUAGACUCAGGGGCGGCAGGGAUUUGGCAUAUUGAGCUGUGUCUAGAAUUUUAUUAUUGCAAAUUGUGGUUUACAUACAGAUGAAAAAGAUGUUGGUUGUUUGGUUGUUGCUUUAGCUACAGGUGCACAGUUUGCCAGAAAGUGAUAAGAACCUGACCAAAACACAACAGAUAACCCUGAUUUCUGUGUUUCCCUAUUCUCAUGCAGACAUUAAUCUGAUGACACUACGUUUUUCCACACUUUCUUUAAAUCCUUAAGCCUCUGAAAUUGGUAGUCACUUAGAAAUCUAAGCUAUAAUUUGCAGUCACUCAUCCAUCUCUAAAAGAGCUAAUCUCCCUAUGUGUGCUUUUGACAAACUCCUCCUGUACGGAUAAUUGAUUUUUCACAAGGACUGUCUCUAUCAAAAGCUUGUGUGGAAAGCCUGUAACAUGGUGCUGAUUUGGUGUACUUGGGUAGCAUUGUAUUGAGUCUGUUGCACUGCUGUUUUGUAUAGGCUUCUUUCACAGGUGGUGCUCUCAACCAAUGUCAGUGUUAUCUAGGUAUUGCUAGUUCUCCCAUUCAUACACUGAUUUCUAACUCUAGUUUAAAAUACUGACCUCCAGAAGUUCUAAUUCUGUUGCUUUAACUGAUGUCGCCCUGAUUUCAGAGGUGCUAAAUCUGCUAUUAACGUUUUUCCCCAUCUUUUCAGUGACUUUUUUUUCCUCUUUCUUUGGUAAGGCCUAGAAUGUAUUGUGCAGCUGGGUGUCAGACUAAGGAACUGCAGCUUUAAAUAGGAAACUAAAUCAGCAUUGUCUGCUAAUAUAUGUUCUCUUUGCCCUGAAUCAGUUUCUCUGUAGUAUAUGUUUCUCUUUCCUCUGAGAACUUGAUUCUGAAAAAGAGUUAGCCCUUCAGUUUCUUCCAGUUCAGCGGGAGCAGGGAGCCUUCUCUGUUCCUUCGUUGCCUCACUAGCACUUUUCACUUUACUCUAGCACUUAAAUCAUUCUUGAUUUAACUCUUUGGGAACCCUAAGGUGGACAGGCCAUUGAUGUUGACUCUGUUUCGUCUUGUCGUGCACUUCUUGCAUUAGCAUACCUAACUUGUUAGCACUGAAGAGUUAAAUAUUCUUCUUUUGGCCUAAAUAGUCCCUUUAGCUGCAGUUACUGUUAUUAAUUAAACAAGGAAGGAAUUAAGAAUCAGAUGUUAGCCAAAGUACACACAGGGUGAAAAAUACUUUGUUGCACUGACAUGCAUUUCCUGUGCUAUAGGAACCAGCCAUGUAUCCUUCUGUUGCACUGCUGCAGAGAUGCUUGUUUCUUUUUCAGAGUUUAUUAUGCACCAGAGUAGGUGGUUAUUCUGAUUUAUACUCACAUUGUAAAAUGUACUGAAAUGUACAUGAAGUAUCUUGAAAUAUAUCUUGAAAAAGAGUGAUGGAAAUGUGAUUUCUAUUCAUUCCUUUCACCAUUCUGUAUUUGCAUUCUGACUUUACCAGUACAGACAAUGGGCUAAAACUGUAUCAAGUGACUAAGUAGUUGAAAACAUAUCAUAAUUUUUAUCUAAUAAAAAAGGAAGGCAAAUUA